GAUCAAAUUAAACAGUAGAGUUCCUUGGUUAUAUAGUUGUUAGUUUUGAUAUUUUUAUGAUACUUGUACUGAAAGACACUGCAAUAUUUGCAGUUUAAAACUGGAUUUGGAAUUUUGCCAUUUUAAUACAACGUCCAAGGUCAACAUUCCUAAUAAGGUAGAACUCCGCCUUACUACUUUUUGAUUGGGUGACAAAAUGUGAUAAUACUUGAAUCAGACUAUUGAUCCCUUCAUUCAUAAAACUGCGAAGGAAUACGUAACAGUGAUAUAUUCUGAGGAUUUAUUCCAACUUUAUAAAAUACAAUAUAUUAUACAGUGAUUUUAAUUUGAUUUAGAUAUAUUGGAAAAUAUUUACAAUUUUGGUGUUACUCCGAUGGCUACAGUGGACUUAGAUUUGACAGGUCAACAAGAAUUUUUUGAUGAUCAGAUCGUACCAGACCAAGACGACUGUUUCUUACCGCCAAGCGAUAUAGUCCCACCACCUCAAUUUAAUGCGAAAGAUCUGGACAACUUUUUUGCAUCCUUAGACGGAUAUCCAGACAAGAAGCCUCGCCGGGAGAGCUCGUCACUUGUGGAUGAGUUCUUUCAGGAUGACAAGAACGCUCCCGAACUGCUCACCGCUAAACAACGCAUGAACAUGCUGUAUGCAAACAGAGAUACGUCUUACAUGAAGACAAGUAUUCUUCAAGGCAAAUCUCAUGAGAGACGGGAAAGUUCUUCAUUAAUCGACGAAUACUUCGGCCAAUCUCCACUCAAAAAGACCAAAUUAAACAACGCACAUGACGGUACUUUAGGUAGUAAACCAGAAGGUAGCUAUUUUGACAUGACUGCGACAGUGAUGGGAGGAAACGGACUUAUGUCUUUUCCGAGUCUAUCUGGACAGUGUUUACAGGAACAAUCUAAGAAAGUUGUUGAUUCCCUAUGGGAGGAUAUAAGAGACAGUAUUGACAUUGAAAAUUAUUCCGAAUCUGACAGUGGCAGCGAGUGCGAUUUACAACGCGUUAAAAUUGAACAGCCAGACCCAUCGUACAAGUCUUCAUGUCAGUUUGAAAACGCAAGAAGUUCAAGCUAUGAAAAUUUGACUGUUAAGCCAGAACCAGUAUCUUCAAGUUGUGCAACUGACAGGUCAAUGAAUAGCCCUGUAAAUUCUAGACCAAACAGUCUUCAAGUUUCUCGUCAGCAAAACAUUGUGAUGACUUCGCCCGGAUCUGGCGUUGUUCAGUAUGUUUCACAAGCUGGUUUAAAUAAAAGUUUGACAUCAUCUAAAUCCUAUACUCCAACUCAGACACCACCACACUGCGUUCCAGUAUUUUUACCGCCAACUCCACCAAACUCGCAGCCAGGCAGUCCUAGUCAAGAACAGUCUCUCAGAAGAACACCACCACCGCCGUAUCCAGGAUUCGUUAGGCCACAGUCUCGAACACCCAUGACAUCAAUGCCAUUAGCAUUUACUCCCAUUCCACUACCAAUAUCAGCAAGAGACGAAGACAAGCCACGUAAAUAUCAACAGACACACCCUGGAUGUUCUACUAUCAAAUACAACAGAAAAAACAAUCCAGAGUUGGAGAAAAGAAGAAUCCAUUUCUGUGAAUUCCCAGGAUGUAGAAAAGCUUACACCAAGAGUUCUCAUUUGAAAGCCCAUCAAAGAAUACAUACAGGAGAGAAGCCUUAUACCUGCCAUUUUCCAAGCUGUCAGUGGAGAUUUGCUCGGUCAGACGAGUUAACUCGACACAUACGAAAACAUACGGGAGCCAAACCUUUCAAGUGUAAAGUCUGCGAUAGAUGUUUUGCUAGAUCUGACCACUUGGCUCUCCAUAUGAAGAGACAUGAACCAAAGAAGUGAACCCUCCCAGGUUGACUUUGUCGACAUCUUUUUGGUGAAACUAGAGCGAAUUAGUUUGCGACUCGCAUCUUAACACUGCUCAUACUCAUUUGACAACAGACUUGUUUGAAAGCCGUCAGUUAGUCGAACUGCAUGCUAAUUUUGGUGCAAAGGUUGAGAAAGCGGAAAGGACUAUUAUUUUUAGUCGGACGUUUUACCGUGAAACGUCAUUCCAUGGCCAGUAAAAUUUGAACAGCGAACGAUUCUGGAGUGUGAACUCAAUUGUUAGUUGUCCUGAUAGGACGUUUAGUCAAGACAUUUUUAAAGACUCGUUUCAAGUUAGGGUCUGUGUUAGAAAGUUGACUUGAUUUAAUAUUUUAUUUGUUGUUGAUCUCAUGUGAUAUUGUUAUUGUUAUUUUCAGCUGCUCUAUAGUAUUUCACUAUUUAAAUAUGUAGUUGGGUUUUUUUUUUUUUGCAAGUCUGACAUUUCGUCAAUUUUGACUGCCUGCACUGGUGCCAAGUUGAAAUAAUGAAGAUCAUCACCAUAUCAUGUUUACUUAAGAAAUCCAAACAAACAUUUUGACACAAACGAUUUUUAAUGUCAGACAAUUCAUGUCAAUUCCAUUUCAUAUCGCGCUUUCAUAUCAUACGGGUCCUUUUGGACAUGAGGUGAUUUACAUUACCAGUUCCGGUUUGAAAGCGAGUCCAUUUGUGUGAAUGUGAGCCCGGAUUGAAUGGGAAGUGAGAAGGUUGAUGGAACAGAAUGAUAGUACUUUUUUGUUGUGAUCUAUCUUUUUAUAUAAUGCUCAAUCUAUAAGGAUAGAUUUUAUUUUCUAUUUUUUGUACAUGUUUAUUAUAAAUGUGUUGCCGUAAAGUUAAAAAGCGGAAAUAAAUAUAAUAUUGUGA